AUGGAGGUGUUUAAGAGUAGGUUGUACUUACGGUUAUUAUUUCUAUUCACUUUCGCUCAAUUAACUUCUGGCCGCGAUAUAAAAACCACUGUACCUUGUAUAGAAAAUGGAAGGUUUUAUAGAAAUCCAAAACAAUCACGAGCUAAAGUUUGGUUGGCAAACGAAUGUGCUAAAUAUUAUCUUUGUUUAGAUGGAGAAGUAUUCGAAUUCAAAUGUUCUUUCGGAUUGCUUUUUGACGUUAAGCGCCAAAUUUGUGAUUUCAAAGGAAACGUUGAUAAUUGUGACGUGUUCGCAGAAUGGAAAGCGCCAAAACCACUUUUAAAUGGCGCCGGUUGUUUAAAAGAUAACGAAUUAGGUUGCGCUGAUGGAACUUGUUUAGUCAGCGAAUUUUUUUGCGAUGGAAGUGUUGAUUGCCCGGAUGAAUCAGACGAAGGAUGGUGUGAUCUUAAUUACGAUCCUCACGGUGCACUACCUUGCGAUCCGAAAAAAUGUAAACUUCCUAAAUGUUUCUGUUCGAAAAAUGGUACCCUUCCACCUGGACAUUUACAAAUUAACGAAAUUCCACAAAUGAUAUUACUUACAUUUGACGAUGCCAUAAAUGUUGAAAAUUGGAAUCUUUACAUGGAACACAUAUUUACUCCUGAAAGAAAAAAUCCAAAUGGUUGUCCAAUUAAAGGAACUUUUUAUGUUUCACAUCAAUUUAAUAAUUAUCAACAAACUCAAAAAAUGUGGAACAAUGGACACGAAAUUGCUGUUCAUUCUGUAACUCAUAGGGGACCAGAAGAAUGGUGGAGCAGAAAUGCUACAAUCGAAGAUUGGUUUGACGAAAUGGUGGGACAAGCGAAUAUAAUUAACAAAUUUGCUUUCGUACGAUUGGAUGAAUUACGAGGAAUAAGAGUACCAUUUUUAAAAGUCGGAUGGAAUAAACAAUUUUUAAUGAUGAAAGAAUUUGGUUUUUUAUAUGAUUCUUCAAUCGUGGCACCAUUUUCCAAUCCACCUUUAUGGCCGUACACAUUAGAUUAUAAAAUGCCUCAUAAAUGUCAACCCGAUCAAAAUUGUCCUACAAGAUCAUAUCCAGGUAUUUGGGAAAUUGUUUUAAAUCAGUUCAGUGCAGGAGGAUAUACCUGUACAAUGAUCAAUAACUGUCCAGCGAAUAUGUCAGGCGAUGAAGUUUACAAUACUCUUCAUCGUAAUUUACAAAGACAUUACACAACAAACAGAGCACCUCUCGGUCUUUUUUUUCACAGUUCAUGGUUUAAGAGACCUGACUACAUGGAAGCGUUCAAGAAAUUUUUAGAUGAUGUUUCGUACAAGAAUGACGUUUGGUUUGUUACCAAUUGGCAAGCGAUACAAUGGAUUCAAAAUCCUACACCGACGAAUAAAUUAAAUGAAUUCCAACCUUGGACUUGUCAAAAAAAGUUUGAACCUCAUGAAAUAGCUUGUGCACUACCAAAUACGUGUAAACUCUACAGCAAAAUAUUACAUGGGGAAAGAUUUUUGUACACUUGUGCAGAAUGUCCACAACAGUAUCCAUGGAUUAGAAAUGAAUUCGGACAAGACUGA